AGCGUGCCCGAAACCAGGAAGUAGCUAUAGUAAACAAAACCAAGGAGCUGGAGCAAGAACAAACCAUUGCGAAAAUAAAGCUGGUGACAACGAAAAUGAAGUAAAUGACAAUGUCCUUACUGAAGCCUUAACCCUAAAUGCAAAAUGGACGCAUCGGUCGUUCCGUGUCUUCUCCUUGCUGGUUUCAUAACCAGCACUUUAGCAAAUGAGCUGACCUACGUGUCCGAGUACCUGUCCAAGACGCCUCAGAAGCUGUCCAAGUACAGCUGGUUCGGCAGCGCUCGGCUACACCAGUUCCAAGUGCCAGAGGACACGGUGCUGGCGCGCUGGUUACUGAUCGUGACCAAGGGGACAGGUUCUAACUGCGGGAAACAUAACGUAACCAUACACUUCAGGGCAGGUGCCCCUCCAGUAAUCAAUCCUGUCGGGACUCAGUUUGCGAAGAACACAGCCUUCCUUCCGGCUCAGAACCUGACCCUGGUGGUCAGCAGUGGCCAAAGCAUUGCCUUCUUCAACAUCACCAACCCUGCCCCCGGAGACUGGUUUAUAGCGGCCCACCUUCCAAAAGAUGAUGGCAAAAUCGAACAAAAGGGGUUUUCUCCUACAUGCACAUACUUUUUCCAGCCACAGAUGUUUGUGAGGAGAGCGGUGGAUUUGCCGGUCCUGGAACGAAAUGUUCCACUCAGACUGUCCCUGUCCUAUCCUGACAAGACAGCUUUUAUGAAGAUUUUUGUGCCAGAUUAUACGUCCGAGGUAACAUUCCAUAUCUCCGGCUGUGUCACAGAAAACAUUACGGAUAAGGUCUGCCCUUUAGUGCUCACCCUGGGUGCGGUAGCUCUGACUGACUCCACAGUGAGAACAGUGAACUGCUCUGGGAACGUCACCUGCACAGCUCAGCUGCCCAUACCGCCCUGGGGAACUUGGGUACGAGUCUCAGCAGACAGCAUCUACCCUAACCUGACUACAGCUUUCACAAUCACAGCUAACCUCACGGGAGGGUGCAAGCCGAAAAGUACUGGGCAGUUAAAGGACCUCUUUGCCCAGCUAAGUUCUAACAACUCCAGUCCGUCUCUGAACGCCUCAGCUGGGUUCGGGAAUAUCACUGCACUGGGGGAGAGCUGGCUGCCUAGCGGAAACGGCUCGGCACGGAGGGAUCCCUUCGGGAGCGCCUGUGUGCGCUACGAGCCCGUGUUCAGAGAAGACAUGGAUGUGGUCUCCACACGCUUCGCCCUCGUUGGCGGGCCGAACGUCACGCUGACCUCUCGGGCCCCCACGCUGGUCUCGUUCAACCUCAAGUCCCUGACGGACAGCGGGGGGACCCUCGUUCUGGACCUGAAGCUCAACAAGGCAAACUUAACCAACAGGAAUUCCAGUGUGGUGGCCUGCCUGACUACCAGAUCUCCUGUACUGUCACUGAACAGCACACAAACCUGCACAACAGCCUUCUCUCAGGGUCAUCUCCUCAGGAUGAAUGUCACAGCCCCUGAAGCCACACUUCAGAUUCCCUUCCCCGAAGCUGCAUGGUGGUACCUCACCCUACAGAUUGUGUGCCCUCAAAAUGACAGUGACUGUGGAGCAGCGUGGGGCACAGUGAUCACAUCCAUGUACCUGAGUGCCUGCGUCGAUGACUGUGGGACCUAUGGAGAGUGCAGGUUGCUCCGUUCCAAUGGCUACCUGUAUGCCGCGUGCGUCUGUAAAGCCGGCUGGGCAGGCUGGAGCUGCACGGACGACGGAACAGCGCAGUCCUACGGGCGCCAGCUGGCUGCAGCCCUGCUGCUGACUCUCAGCAACCUGCUGUUCAUCCCGCCCAUCGUGCUGGCGCUGUACCGCUGCUACCUCGUGGAGGCGUCCGUCUACCUCUUCACGAUGUUCUUCUCAACGUUUUACCAUGCGUGUGACCAGCCUGGCGUCACUGUGCUGUGCAUCAUGGACUACGACACGCUCCAGUACUGUGACUUUCUGGGCUCAGUGUGCUCCAUCUGGGUGACCAUCCUCUGCAUGGCACGGAUCAAGGACACCUUUAAAUACACGCUGUUUAUGCUGGGAACUCUGAUCAUUGCAAUGUCGAUGCAGCUGGAUCGCAGAGGGCUCUGGAAUUUGCUGGGUCCAGUCCUGUGUGCUGUCCUUGCCAUGGUGGCUGCUUGGAUUUAUCGCGGGGUUAGGAGGCGCCAGUGUUAUCCUAAGACAUGGAAGCGCUGGGUGUUCUACCUGCUGCCAGGCAUAGCGACUGCAGUCAUUGGCCUUUGCGUGUAUGUGUUUACCGAGACUGAUGACAACUACUACUACACUCACAGCAUCUGGCACAUAAUGGUGGCGAGCAGCGUGGUCUUCCUGCUGCCUCCCCGCGAAAAGUACAACCCCCCAUGGGGAUGGUCCCGCAGUUUUUUCUGUGGUUACCAGCUCUGCAGGAACGAGAAAGAUGAGCUUUAUACCGUCACUUAAGAUGCAGAAGGUGCAGUGUCCCUGUUCUUGCAUUGCCCUGCAUGCAGUGCGGAUUUACAGAAGGAUUGUAGGCGACGCUGUUUACUGGACAGUCCACUCUGUAGGUGACACUCCAUGUAGGAGGAAUAAAUAUGAGUGCUCUGAGUGCAGCUGCUUUUAAAGAACAGGUGCAGACCGUAAAAAGUGAAUUCAGUAGAGUUUAUACACUGUUCAUGAUUGUGUUCACACUAACUUAACACUGCUGUGCGAAAACGUGCACAUUGUGGUACCACGAUAAAGAUAAAGGUCUGUUGUGACAAUCUCAAGAUUUUUGUUUCCCGUUGUUCUAUGCAAUGGUCAGUUUUCACUACUGUAUGUGCAAUAGAUUUUUAUGCCAAAAAAAAACAAACACUGGUUAAUCGAUAACUUCCAGCUGACCGUUUUAUGUUGAGUGUUUUUUUUUUAAAAAAAACGUCAUAUUCUUGACACUAACACUGGUUUUGUUAUGGAUUAGUUGGCGGUUGGAAAAUGAACACUGCAUCUCUGUAUCUGAGCAUCAAUAGGAUGUGUGUAUUUUUUCUAGUGUUAGAAUGAAAAAGUGUAAAGUCUUUUGAAAUUUAAAGAUUUAAAAUUCUUUGCCUUUUUUAUGAAAAAAAAUCACACUUGAAUACUGUAUCUUCUGCACUUUUAAAACCCAGUUUUAUUGAUUAUAUAGUAAUACUGCUAUGAUUUAUAUGCACAGGUCAUAUAUUUUAUUAUCUCCUGAUUGAAUUUAGAUAAAAAUCUCAGUGGCAGCCUAGGUCUUAAGUGUCUGGUGAACUCUGUAAGCUGCAUUACUGUCUCAGUUGUUUUGAGAUUGCCAUGUUUUUUUUUUAGACGAGAAUAUGAAUGACAAAAUUGUUCCUCUGUUAGAUCUAAAUUAUUCAUGGACUGUGAUUUAUUUUUUAGAAAAGAUUUGAUCAUAGAUCAUUAAUAUUACACUCCCAAGCAAGUGCUGGUUAAAACCGGUAUUUCACAAGGUUUUCCAAAUUCGAAUCAUUGCAUGUGCUUUCUGAGUUAAUUAAAAUAUUUACUUUUUUUCUGCAUUACCGUUGCUUUUCAGGUGUUGUGAGUUUAGUGUUUUUUUUUGUUUAAAUACUCAGUGUAAUUAAACAAAAUGGUGAUUAGAAAUUGGUGUUCAGUUAAUGUUUCACAGUUUUAGGCUAUAUUCCCAAUGGUGAAUAACAGUUCUGAUGUACAGCUUUUGUUUAAGCAAUUUACAUUCCUUUUUCAUUCAUUUAUCACAAUUUUGAUUUCAAAUAUCUCAGCUGUUAUUUUUAAUAUGAAUGUCAUAAACUCGUUGAACCUGUACCUAUUUUCCAGCACUGGUUUAUUCACAUAUUUGUUAUGGUUACAGUUUUACAUUAGCACACACAGUGAAAGUAUUUGUCUUUUGUUUCUUGUUCUGUUUUGCAUUAUAAGCUUCUGUUCUCUUUACCUGUUAUACGGGCAUCAUGUGUGGGAUUUAUAUAGAAUAUUGUUUACACGUGUAGUUAAGGAGCUUUGCAGGAUUGAAGGCAGGAAUUUGCUAAAUAAAACUUCUAAAAAAGAUGUGUUAAUGUAGGAUAAGGGAAGGUUUUUUUCAACCAAGUGUAAUAUCAUUUGAAUGGUGACAGACAAGAAGAGGCCAUUUGGCCUGGAAAGUUCGAUUGUUCUGCUACUAUGUAAAUCAAAAAAUCAAAACCAAACAGAAAUGUGGUGUACCAUGAAUGCCUUCAAUAAGAUAGACAAAGUAUAUUUAACAAUAAUAUAUUUUUGCGUUUAAUGUUCCGUAAGGCUGGCCAGUGAAGUUGUUAAAUGAAUAUGAUCUUUUCAAGUUGAGUCAUAGUUAUUAUUGAUUACCUGCUAAUAUUUUAAAUUUUAGUUAUGUUUGUUCUAUCUAAGGGAAAUGUGUUUAUGUUUUCAUUCAGGAGAGUAUUUUUGCUAGAACAAAGUAGACUAGACAACUUUCAAAACCUCAUUUUGGAACAAGCAAUAAACCUGUGGUCUUUGGUUUUUCUAAAGCUGCUGUGUUGCAUGACAUUGUUAGACGCUUGAACCUCACCGAAGUAUUCUUGUAUUUGAUUAUUUGUACCAGUUUAGAUUAAAACCAGGUAACUUGAUUUCUUUUUUUUUUAAUGUAGAAUUUUGCAACACCAGUCAUUUGAAUACAGCGCUUUUGUUUGGAGAUCUGUUUCUUUUAUUUAGGGAAGUCAGAUAUAAUAGGAUGCACUUUCUAUGUACUGUACAGAAAACAACCCAGUACAUGCUUGUAGCCAUUUGCUCUGAACAAAUGCACUCCUUUGUGGGACUUUCACAUAUCAUAUAUUAAAGAGUAAGUUUAGUAUUUAAUUAUAGUUAUAGCUAGCCUGCUUUUACCUUAAUACAGAAGAACAAAAUGACAGAGGUCCAUUAAAGUACUUUUUUAAAACCCUGCAGACUUCUAUAGAGUUGUAGAAACAUGUAUUCAGUCUUUUUCCACAUGUAAUUAAUUCCCUGGAACGCCCCGCAGAGAUGAAUGGGCACUCAGUAAACAUAGAAGAGUUGUCACUGUAGGAGUGGCAGGUGCUAAUACUUCCUCUGUAGCUGCAGUGACCUGUGUGUGAAAAGUUUGGAAAGACAUCAACUUGCUCCUUGCGAGAGGUUAAGUCCAUUUGAAACAUUUGGAUCCCUUGACAUUUCUUUUAGCUUCUGGAAGUUUCUUUAUGGUGUAAUUUUAUCGUAUUUUAAUCCCCAAUUUGUUCUGCGGUUAAUCAUACUGCAUUCUGCUUUUGUACCUUAAUUUUUUUAAUUGAUCUCUGCUGGUCAUGGAGUGAGGUACUGUAUGAAAGCAUUUUGCUGAAACCCCUCCUCUCUUUUCAGUGCUGAAAACCUAUUAUAGCCAAUCCUUUUCAGAGGCUACUUUAAUAAGUUUCUCAAAUUUUAAAAGUUGAAUUUUAGGAACUUGCAAUUGUAGAGAGACUGUGGGCUGAGAAAAAAUAAUUUUAUACUGUACAAAUAUAUCCAUAUCAUAAAUGUGAGUUAGAGGCACUGAAAUGACAGGAGGGCAGGCAGUCAUGUCUGCUCUUCUACACAGCGCAGGCUUACUGGGUACAAUAUGUCAGUACUACUGAAUAUACCAGCUGAUGUAUUUAUAAAUGCCCCAUUAUUUUUGAACAUGUGUUGAAAAACUAUAUUAAAAAUGUGCUCAUGCUCGAAAUUAAAAAAUGGAUUAACAAUAAAAUAUUACUUUUCAGAA